UAGUACCUGGCGCUCAGCUGGAGCUGCCUGUCUUGUAGAUUUGAGCUGGUGCGGGGAGGGGCGCUGGAGGCCUUGGGGAGCGAGGCGAGUCGGAGGGGAGCUGGGAGCUGGAGAGCGCGCCUGCAGUCCUCCGCCACCGCGAUGUCAGCGCAGUGCUGUGCGGGCCAGCUGGCCUGCUGCUGUGGGUCUGCUGGCUGCUCCCUCUGCUGUGGCUGCUGCCCCAAGAUCCGACAGUCCCGGAGUACCCGCUUCAUGUAUGCUCUCUACUUCAUUCUCAUCGUCGUCCUCUGCUGUGUCAUGAUGUCACCAACCGUGGCUAGCAAGAUGAAAGAGCACAUUCCUUUUUACGAAGACAUUUGUAAAGGCAUUAAAGCUGGCGACACGUGCGAGAAGCUGGUGGGGUACUCUGCGGUGUACAGAGUCUGUUUCGGAAUGGCCUGUUUCUUCUUCAUCUUCUGCCUCCUGACCCUCAAUGUCAGCAACAGCAAAAGCUGCAGAGCCUACAUUCACAAUGGCUUUUGGUUCUUCAAGCUUCUGCUGUUGGGGGCCAUGUGCUCAGGAGCUUUCUUCAUUCCUGACCAGGAGACCUUCCUGAAUGCCUGGCGCUAUGUGGGAGCCGUCGGAGCCUUCCUCUUCAUAGGCAUCCAGCUCAUCCUGCUUGUGGAGUUUGCACAUAAAUGGAACAAGAACUGGACUGCCGGCACAGCUCACAACAAGCUGUGGUACGCCGCCCUGGCCCUGGUGACCCUCACCAUGUACUCUGUUGCUGCCGGAGGCCUGAUUUUGAUGGCAGUGUUUUACACACAGAAAGAUGGUUGCAUGGAAAACAAAAUCCUUCUGGGGGUAAACGGAGGCCUGUGUCUGCUGAUUUCACUGGUAGCCAUCUCUCCCUGUGUCCAAAAUCACACUGUCUGGAAACCCGCCUCUCGCCAUUUUCCAGGACAGCCGCACUCCGGGCUGCUGCAGUCCGGCCUCAUCAGCUGCUACGUCACAUAUCUCACGUUCUCGGCUCUGUCCAGCAAACCUGAAGAAGUAGUGCUGGAUAAACACGGGAAGAACGUCACGAUCUGUGCUCCUGACUUGGGUCAGGGCCUGUACAGAGAUGAAAACUUGGUUACUGGCCUGGGUACCACUCUCUUGUUUGCAUGCAUCUUAUACUCAUGUCUGACAUCAACGACAAGAUCGAGUUCUGACGCUCUGCAGGGGCGAUAUGCAGCUCCUGAACUGGAAGUAGCUCGGUGUUGCUUCUGCUUUGGUCCCUAUGGAGAAGACCCUGAAGAGCAGCGGAACAUGAAAGAAGGACCUGGUGUCAUUUAUGAUGAAAAGAAAAGCACUGUCUAUAGCUAUUCCUAUUUCCACUGUGUGUUCUUUCUGGCUUCCCUCUACGUGAUGAUGACCGUCACCAACUGGUUCAACUAUGAGAGCGCCAACAUCGAAACUUUCUUCAGUGGAAGCUGGUCCAUCUUCUGGGUCAAGAUGGCCUCCUGCUGGAUGUGUGUCCUCUUGUACCUGUGGACGCUGGUCGCUCCCCUCUGCUGUCCCACUCGGCAGUUCUACGUGUGAGGAGCUGAGCCGUCACCUUGGUUCGGCAGGCCUGGAGGCUGGAAGUGACAUCCUUUGAACAAGUGUCCCAGGGGUCUGAGCAGUUGCUGACGCUCUUUGAAAAGCUGGCAUCCCCUGGCUGGAGUGUCCCCGAAAAGGCUUUACAGAAAAACAGGUCACCUGAUUAGCUUUUUAAUUCUAAAAUUCAAAAAGGAAACUACAGGAUUACCCCAAAAGAAUUGAAGUUUUCAACUAGGUCGCUCCUUUGUGAUCAUAUAUUUUGUUUGUGUCUUGCCCCUAAAAACUGGAAUAGUAGUUAGGGUAGUAUUUUUCUUCUGCGUGUUUUUUACCAAAACAGAGUUUGGAGUACAUCUCACAGGGACAGACAUUUCCCUUGUGUGACCUCUCAUUCUUACCCUUGGAAUAGAAAACAUGGCCAAAUCUUGAGCCCUCAGCCCCUGACAGUGCAGACCCCUCCCACUGAUAAGUGUAGGGUGUAAGAGGGAGCCCCUGCUUCUGACUCCCCCGGUGCUGCCUCCUCCCGUUCCCCUCCGAAGUCGUGAUGCUGGGAAUCACUUCUACCCGAGUCCUUCCGUAGCCCUUCCCAGGGGUCUCGUCGUCCCUCUGGGUUCAGCAUCUUUGUUCUAAUGUGAAAAAGCACAGUUUGCUAUCACCACCUGUGUCAUUCCCCACUGUGUUAUCACCACCCGAUCCAGGUUACUACAGUGAUUAUGACUCUUGUUUGUGGAAUUAUUCACAUGACUGUGGAACAAUAUUCGUGUUGUUUUCUUUGUCUAAACGAUGGAGAGCUAUACUUCUUACUUGUUUGUGCUGUUAAUAGUAAUAAUACCAUAGGACCUUACCUGAGAAGUUGCUUCCAGGCCAAAGCCUGCUGCGCCCACCUUCAGUCAUUAAGGUCAGCCACCCGUGUUUCUCUUCCACCUUGAGGCCUUUGGAAUGGCAGAGGCAGAGGGCGUUUGAUGUCCGGAUCUGUAAUGGGACAACACUGUGAAUGUCCACGACAGUCAUCGGAAUAGAUGUGCUGAGGUGAGGACAACAGGGUGGCAGGCAGCAGCUCAGCCAGGGCCGGCCGGGUGAGGCCUGUUGUACAAGUUGUAGACGUGACCAGAUAUACUUAGAAGGAAAGUUGGGUUGCAGGGGUAUUUAAUUAAGUCAUAAAUAACAUCCAGAGAAAAUUUUUAAAUGCAUACCAAUAAAGUAAUACUCAUGAGAUGUUAGACUUUGGGCAGCUGCCCAAGAAGAUGUUCGUUUUCAGGGCUGAUGCUCUGAGUCGGGUAGGAGUUGACUUCGUGGAAAGUCCAUCAGAGACUCCAGUGGAGACAUCACGGGGACACCCCUGCCGGUGUUUUCCUGUGGGAUGGACAGACUCCUCAACCCCCCCUGCCAGAGAGGGUCUGAGACGAGGCUGCCCUGCCCCCUGCAGUGUGUUUGAGUCGGGCACCAUUCGGUUCCCUGCAAGCUGAGCUUCCAUGUGCCAAAAGGCUGGCUUUGGAAAUGAGUCAAAUUUUUCAUUUCCCUGUUUUUGCCCUUCUCCUGUGAAAACAAGGAAGGAAAAUAAAUCCUCUAGGAACUUGCCUUAAUGACAGUGUCUUGAGAUUCGGUUAUUAAAAGCACUUGUGAGAAAAAACCUUUUUUUUUAGUCCAGCAGUUCUUUGUGCUGAGUGGUUGAAGGAUGACCCGGAGCCACACAGUGAAUGGCUGAGGUGGGCCUGCAGCAAGCCAGUGGGAGUGAGCUCGUGGGUGGGGGCGGGCUGAGAGGGCGGGGCUGUCUGUGUAGCAGCAGCUCCCUGGCAGAGACCCCUGCAGUGGCCACCAGGUGCAGUGACAAAGAGCUCCAAGGAAGUGAGAUUGCUUUAGGAAAGACCACAAGGAGAGGCAGAUCAAGACCAGCGUUGUAUCAGCAACUACUUUUGUUAUAUUUUCUUCCUGUUCUCGAGGUCUGGCAGCCAGCUGUGUGACUUCAGUACUGGUCCUUAGAGCAGGUCAAGGUCAAGCUGGCAAAGCCGUGUGUUCUUUGGCUGGUCUUUGUUGACCCCCCCCCCAUCCCCCCUGCAGAAAGAAGCUCAGGGAGACACAAAAGAAAGGACGUUGCCAGUGGCAGGGCCCUGGGAGCUCCCUUCCUUAGCCUGCCCAGCCACCCCACCCUUUCCAGAUGCCUAAGACUGGGUUUGUGGCCUGAAGGUCCUGUCUUGGUCCAACACACGAAGACUGGUUAUGGUCGCCUGGUUUCUAUUCUCAUGCAAGAUUAUCUGAGUGAUAAGACAGAUGUAGAUAUACUCUGAGGACCAUGGGCAUAUAAAUUGACUUUAGUGGUUAUUAAUUGUAAUAAACAAUACUCAGGUGAUGAGUCAACAUUCAAAUGCAGGUUUAAAGAACCUGCAUUUUUGUGCUGUUGUGGUUUAAGAAACUGGAGAAAUUGUGCCAAUUGCUUUGAGUUGCUAUAAUGAUACUGUUAUUUGAUAAAUUCUUUUUUUAAAUAAUAGACUUUGGCUUCCUACAACUUUUUGUACCUGAUUUUUUUUAAAGGUGUUCCUAAAAGCUUCUGGUCAGAUUCCUUUAGUGAUGAAAACUGGAAAAGUUUUUAAAAUUCUCUGUGUUUCCUCUAUGCUAUUCAUCUGACAUGGAAAAAAAUUUCCCCUAUCAUGUCCGUGAGUAAAAAGACCAAGCGGGGGAAGGGGCUCUUUUUGGGAGUGUUGCUGUAGACCUAGACACGCCACCUGACCGAAGGCAGAGACUUUUCUAGCAAAGCUUUCUGACACCAUGCUUCGUCCUUACUGGGUUUUGCUUUUGUCGGUUUCAGUUUUGUCCUCACAGUCUCUUGGGAAAUGGCUUGAAGGUGUUGGUCACCAGAAGUAUUUGGAGCUCUUCUGCAGUGUGAGGAACUGUGUUUGUGGGAGCUGUGGGUGGGUGGGGUUCCUGGGACUUGGGGUUCUGGUGCCCAUCAGCAAUGGCCAGCAGGGGUCUUCCACACCGAAUCGUUCAUUUCCAGCUGCUCAAGAGGCUCCUUCAUUAUGGAAGACCUCCGUGCAGUGGUAAUUCCACUGACCCCAGUUGUCACCCUCUGCCUUUUAAAAUCAUGUGCUUCAUUUUGGCCAGAAGUUUACUACCAUUGGUGCUUCAUUUAUCUGCAAAAAAGGGACUUCCAGAGCCUAUAUUUGAGAUGCCUGGGUUUUUUUCUCCCUGGACUGCCUUUCUAAAUAGCCUCUCAUUUUGGUGCGCAUUCGUGUUCUACCCCUCUUCGAAACGAAAGAGGGUUUAUUCCAUGACUAAGAAGGGUGUGACCUUGGGCUGAGACCCUAUAUGACCAGAGAGAAUACUGGGCUUUCUUUAACCAGAGAAAGUAGAGUGGCCUCUUGGUUCAUGAAAUUCUCUGUAGGACAUUCUUCUUAAUUGCCAAGAGCACUAACUCCCUAUGGCCUUGUUCUUAAGGCCUCCAUGUUUCCUGCCAUCUUUAAUAUAACUGUAAAGACUCGAGCGUUUUAAUACAGUGUUGUAUUUCAGGCAGAGAUGGACUCUCUCAUGUUAGACCUUUUUCGCAGGACUAGAAAGCUAUUUAUUUACACAGAUCUUCUGAACUAAGGCUAGACAUUCUCAAGGUCUUUCUCUCCUUUCUUCCUUAGUAAAUCAUUUGCAGAGGUGUUCAUUGCAAAUAUGUGACUUUUAACCAAAGAGGUUUUUUCCUUUUUUUUUAAAACAUUUUUUUUAUUUAAUUUUUUUUCAACUACAGUAUUCUGUCUUUUACUCCCAUCCCAGCCCACCACCCCCCGUCUUUUUUUUUUUUUUUUUUAAGUAAAAUCCUUUCAGCAAAAACUUAAUUGGGGAAGGGUAGAUUAAGAAUGCAUAUGUCUAAAUUCACUUCUACAGGAGUUUACUCAUAUUUAUGUGAGUAAAAUGACGGAAGAAUUCUUGAAGGUAAUCCUUUGGUGUGAAGGAUCCUGGGAAAUUCAGAUAAAGAAAGCUUGUAGCAGAUCUGUAAUAUAUGUCUUGAGAGCUAUUUAUAAGAAAUUUAAGAGGAUUGUCUGUUUUCCUUAAUUAAAGAUUAAAGGAUUCAUUUUUACUUUACAAAAAAAUCUUUACAAAAAUUUUAUAAUCAUAACUUUGUUAAUUUUUUAAACUUUCCUGAAACAGUUAGCUGUAGCCAAA